GCCACUCCAAGCUGUGCUUAAGCUAAGGAGUGAACGGUGUGUGUUUACCGGAAUCCGAUAAGAGAAAAACCGUCGGUCGACCGGAGAAAUGGCGUCGGCAUCUCUCUUAAAAUCAUCUCCGGUCCUCGACAAAUCCGAAUGGGUGAAGGGACAGUCCCUUCGCCUCCCGUCGGCCACCGCUGGCUUCCGGUCCCACUCCGCUCCUUCCACGCUCACUGUACGUGCCGGUCCCUACUCCGAUGAGCUCAUCAAGACUGCGAAAAUCGUUGCUUCUCCAGGGCGUGGCAUCCUGGCUAUGGACGAGUCGAAUGCGACAUGCGGGAAGCGACUCGCGUCCAUUGGGCUCGAGAACACAGAGGCGAACCGACAGGCUUACCGCACCCUGCUCGUCUCUGCUCCUGGCCUUGGCAACUACAUAUCUGGAGCCAUCCUGUUCGAGGAGACGCUCUACCAGUCCACGGUCGACGGCAAGAAGAUUGUUGAUGUCCUUGUUGAGCAGAACAUAGUGCCAGGGAUCAAGGUUGACAAGGGUCUAGUGCCUCUGGCCGGCUCGAACAAUGAAUCUUGGUGCCAGGGCCUCGAUGGCCUUGCUUCCCGCUCUGCCGCUUACUAUCAGCAAGGCGCUCGUUUUGCAAAAUGGCGGACAGUCGUGAGCAUUCCAAACGGCCCAUCUGCACUUGCAGUGAAGGAAGCUGCUUGGGGUCUUGCUCGCUAUGCUGCGAUCUCACAAGAUAAUGGCCUGGUUCCAAUCGUAGAGCCAGAGAUCCUGCUCGAUGGUGAACAUGGUAUUGACAGGACAUUUGAGGUGGCCCGGAAGGUGUGGGCUGAAGUCUUCUUCUACCUAGCUGAAAACAAUGUGAUGUUUGAAGGGAUCCUCCUCAAGCCUAGCAUGGUUACUCCUGGAGCUGAGUGCAAGGACAGGGCCACACCUGAACAGGUCGCUACAUACACCCUCAAGCUUCUCCAGACCAGAAUUCCCCCAUCCGUUCCUGGAAUCAUGUUCCUGUCAGGUGGGCAGUCGGAAGUGGAAGCGACCCUCAACUUGAAUGCCAUGAACCAAGCUCCCAACCCAUGGCACGUUUCGUUCUCCUACGCCAGAGCCCUUCAAAACACUUGCCUGAAGACAUGGGGAGGAAGACCUGAGAACGUGAAGGCAGCUCAGGACACUCUGUUGAUUCGGGCCAAAGCCAACUCUCUGGCUCAGCUCGGGAAAUACACGGGUGAGGGCGAGUCGGAGGAAUCGAAGCAAGGAAUGUUCGUCAAGGGCUACGUUUACUAAGUUGCACUACUAGUCGAUGCUGCCCUUAUAGAAGAAGAAGUGGAGGAAGAAGAUGAAGAAGAAAAAUUGCCUUGUGCUCCCUUUUCUAUAGAUAGGCAUGGAGACUAUUUUUGUCCAUUGUACUUUUAGCCGUUUAAUAAAUCUUGCCAGUGAUACUAUUUCGUGUGCUGAAA